AAGAGAAAGACCAGUCGUACUCUGAAUCGCUUCCAGACAGCUGAGGGCUAUGAAGAGGCAGCCACCUGCUGCAGCGUCGUCCCAUUACUUUUGCAACAUCUGGCAGACAAGAAAGAGAGGAGGAGGAGGAGGAGACGCACUCUGAGGCUGCGUUGUUGUUGUGCACACCAGGCGAGUCGAUCAGCAGACUGGCUGCAACCUCCCUGACGGCAGAUAGGAAUUCAGUGCAGCUGCACGUGUAGCCACAAAUGGAGCAAGUGAAUCAGACAAACAGUGUAGAGAGCAACUCUACUGAAUGUCCGUCCAUAGAUGACUUCCGGAACCAGGUUUACUCCACGUCCUACUCCAUCAUCACUGUGUUAGGCCUAGUAGGGAACGGCUUUGCCCUGGUGGUGCUGAUCAGAACGUAUCGCCAGAGCUCUCCUUUUCAUGUCUACAUGUUGAACUUGGCCGUGUCUGAUCUGCUGUGUGUUAUGACACUGCCACUGCGAGUUCUCUACUAUGUCAACAAGGGCCAGUGGAACCAGGGGGAUUUCCUCUGUCGCAUCAGCUCCUACGCCCUCUAUGUAAACCUCUACUGCAGUAUUUACUUCAUGGCUGCCAUGUCUGUCACACGUUUCUUGGCCAUUGUCUUCCCUGUGCAGAACCUGCGGCUGGUGACAGAGAAGCGUGCUCGCCUGGCGUGCAUUGGUGUCUGGGUGUUCAUCUGUCUUUCAUCCUCUCCCUUCCUCAUGUCUGGCCAACAUGUUGACCACAUCACAAAUAAAACCAAGUGCUUCGAGCCUCCACGGGGUCAAGGUGUGAAGAAACUAGUCAUGUUGAACUAUCUGUCUCUGGUGAUAGGCUUUGUCCUGCCAUUCCUGGUGAUCCUGCUCUGCUAUGCAGGCAUAGUCCGCGCUCUGCUAUCUCGCACCAAUGCUGCUCGACGCCAGCGGGGCACAGGCACCAGAGCCAUCCGAAUGAUUGUCAUCGUCUUGCUGACCUUCCUGAUCAGCUUCCUGCCUUACCACGUGCAGCGCACUGUCCACCUGAGCUUCCUGUCCCGGACUGACACUACCUGCUCAGAGAGGAUUGCCAUGCAGAAGUCUGUCGUGGUGACACUGUGCCUGGCUGCUGCCAACUCAUGCUUUGAUCCGCUGCUCUAUUUUUUCUCUGGAGAGGGUUUCCGCAACCGCUUGUCGUCCCUGCGUCAGUCAAUGACAGGCAACAGCGUGCACCGCGUAGCCAGGCUGAAGCCCGUCACAGGCUCAGAGUCUGGGGAAAAUCACCAACUGAAGGCCAGUUAAUUUACACCAGACAAGAUCAGCUUAGGAUACAUUAAAGAGCUUGGGGCGACUUGUUCGCUCAUUAAUAGUCAGGGAAAGAGUUAAGAAGGUGAAAGGCAGAAAAAGUUUUACCAAAUGAGGGUUCAUUAACUCAUGAAUAGUGUAUUUAAGUUACAAAUCUCAGGAGGGUGUUUCCCACUAAAACUGAUUAGACUGAAUGAUUAUUCAAAAGGGUGCAUAUUGUUCAAUAUUGAAAUGAUGUUGUUCUGUGUUAUUAUUAUGACAUUAACCACUAGCCUGAUGUGUCCCAAAACCUACUCAACCUGUCAAAUCACAAUAAAACAUUUUUUUUAUAAAUUUGCAGAGUAUCAACAUAUGAAGGGAUUGUAGAUUAUAUGUAAUAUGUUUUUAUCUGGAUUGUCUUCAAGAGCUUCGACUCUUAUGUUGCACAACAUGAUGUUUAUUGAGAAGGGCCAAACUGUCUUCAACUGACAACUGUAGACCUCUGCUCAACUAUUAGUCUUCUAUCACUGUCAUUUUUAGCAUAUUUUUUUGUUUUAAUAUUAAUGUUGUAAAGGCCAUAACUGUUUUUCGACAUCAUUAUUUGUCAUUAUGUUCUUGUAAUAAUUUUUCACUGUGUUCAAAACAUCAGCAGUGCAAAUGCUUCUUUGCUUUCUUAACUAGUUUGAUGUAAACAUAGGUGCCGGUACCACCCUGUAAUGUAAAUACAAAGCUGCAGACAACAGCUUGUUAGCUUAUCUUAGCAAAAAGACUAAAAAGAAGGGGAAACAGCCAGCUCUGUGUAUAGGUAACAAAAUCAAAACAGCAAAAGAAGAGCAAAAAAAAAAAAAAGUCCUCCUAACUGCACUUCCAAAGCUCACUAAUUAACAUGUUGUAUCUUGUUUAAUCCUAAUUAUUUGUUAUUUUA